GCAUUUUCUAAAAUUCCUUGACUACAGCACGGAAGUAGGAUUUUCAACGUUCUCUGUGUGUAGUAAAGAAAGACCAACUGACAAUACUAAAUAGGCUACCCAACUCUCAUUCGACUGACAAUGACUAAACUACAGUUGUUGAGUGUGUUUCUAAAUGAGCGCUUAACGGCGGCUGUUGUGGAGAUUGUCGGGGCAGUUGAGAAAACGGUAGUGGAGUACCAGGAGGAGAAUGAUCGGCUACGGAGACUGCUGCGGAUCACACCACUAACGUUAUCGAGAAUAGACUCCCUGCAGAUCUCUCUCGCUGACUCUGAAGAGGAGGUUCCCCCUGAGCAGCAGCACUGUGAGCAGGAGUGGAGCCCCAGUCGGGGGCAAGAGGACCCAGAGACCACACAGAUUAAAGAGAAACAGGAGGAACUCAGGACCAGUCAGGAGGAAGAGCAGCUUCAAGGUCUAGAGCCUGAUAUCAUAGAGUUCGAUUUCACUCCUUCAGGUGUGAAAAGUGAAUGUGAUCAGGAGGACCCACUUUGGUCCUUGACUCUUCCCCAAACCCAGACUGUGAAGGGCAGAGAGAGAGGCUCUAAACCAGUGGAUCUCAAACCUUUUGUCACUGUGAACCACCUAAAGGGUCUUUACAUUCCCUGUGACCCUCCAGAUAAUCAGAACAAUGCCUCCAGCCACAGUUCAGCUGUAAGCAGAAACCCAGUAGGACUUGACAGCAGCCCACCAUUGGAUCUGAACACAAUAAUGGGGGAAACCUGCACAUGGCCCUUUUGUGGCAAGACCUUCAAACAAAAAGGACAUCUGUCCAGGCACAUGAGGGUUCACACAGGAGAGAAACCGUUUAGUUGUGGUGACUGUGGGAAAAGCUUCAGUCAGAAGGGGACCCUAACCAUGCAUAAACUGACUCACACAGGAGAGAAACCUUUUAGAUGUUUUUUUUGCUGUAAAAGCUUCAGCCAGAAAGGGGACCUAAUGAGACACAUCCUGACUCACACAGGAGAGAAACCAUUUAGCUGUGGUGACUGCGGUAAAGGCUUCAUUCGCAAGGAGCACCUAACUGCACAUUUACAGACUCACACAGGAGAAGUGUCGGUCUCAAGCAGAACCUAACCAUGCAGAAACUGUCUAAACCGUUUAGCUGUGUUGACUGUGGGGAAAAGCUUCGGUGUCAAGGGGAACCUAACUGUUGACAUACAGACACAGGAUGAUACACUGUUAUUUGUGGUGACUGGGAAAAGCUUCGGUGUCAAGGGGAACCUAACUGUUGGCAUACAGACACAGGAUGAUACACUGUUAUUUGUGGUGACUGUGGGAAAGGCUUCGGUGUCAAGGGGAACCUAACUGUUGACAUACAGACACAGGAUGAUACACUGUUAUUUGUGGUGACUGGGAAAAGCUUCGGUGUCAAGGGGAACCUAACUGUUGACAUACAGACACAGGAUGAUACACUGUUAUUUGUGGUGACUGUGGGAAAGGCUUCAAUCAUAAGAUGGACCUAAGGAGGCAUAAACUGACUUUCAGUGCAUUUGGAAAGUAUUCAGACCCCUUGACUUUUUCAACAUUUUCUUACAUUACAGCCUUAUUCUACAUUUGAUUAAAUAAAAAAAUGGCCUCAUCAAUCUACACACAAUACCCCAUAUUGACAGCGAAAACAGUUUUUUAUCAUUUUUUUCACAUUUUUUGUAUAUUUUUAAAUAACUUAUUUACAUAAGUAUUCAGACCCUUUGCUAUAUGAUUCUAAAAUUGAGUUUGGGUGCAUCCUUUUUCCAAUGAUCAUCCUUGAUGUUUCUGCAACUUGAUUGGAGUCCACCUUUUGGAAAAUUCAGUUGACAAGACAUGUUCUGUCAGCUGAUGAGGAAUAUGCAAGGAUGCGGACAACUCGUAGGAAAGGAGGAUCAUUCACACUGAGGGUUUCAGAUAAAGGUAUAUAAAAGCAAGUUGUGUGUGUCAACAUUUUAUGUGAAUAAAGUUUGAUUUGAUUCAAUUGAUGAUGUAAUGAUUAAACAGUGAAUGGUAGGAAUGUAGGAAGCUCACAGGUCUGCUGUUCUGUCUGAUGUUUUCACGUUAUUAAAAACAGGAAUUCCUGGG